CUGAAUUUACGAUUAGAUUUUCGGCAGAGCUGACGUGAUGUGGGUGAAAUAGAUAAAACAAAGUAAGAAGACAGUUACACUGUUCAGCUUACAUCCACUUUAGAUCUAUCAUUGAACCAACACGAAAUAUCAUUUUGCACGGAUAACCACCAUCAGAAUGGACUUCGCAAAAUUGUCGAGGAACAUUUCGCAACGUUUUUCUAUUUCUUCUCUGAUAGCUUUUGGAUUAUUUCUCGUUCUGGUCAUAACGAUACUAUAUCAAGAUUCAAGGAUAACAAAAAUGGAAGAGAAAUCAAACACAAAUCGCUUCGUCUCCAAGAAAUUUGCCGAUGAUAAACCUUGUCAGCAGCCAACGCCUCCAAGACCCGGUCCUGGGUCACUGUAUACCCGGUGGGGUAGAACAACCUGUCCACGUAAUUCAAUUCUGAUAUAUGAUGGUGUGGUUGGUGGACAAUUCUAUACCGAAGGAGGUGGCGGAAGUAAUCUCUUAUGUCUACCUAACGAUCCUAUUUGGGCCAAUUAUACUACAGAGGUUGAAGCAGCCGGUCGCAUAUAUGGUAGUGAAUAUCAACUAGACACUUAUCCUACUAAAAAACUCUUUUCUUUCGCUAACACUAAGGAAAUUCAUGAACACAACGUUCCGUGUGCUGUCUGUUUGACACAAUUAUCUGCUGUUGUUAUGAUGUUACCAGCGAGGACAAAGUGUUACUCUGGUUGGAAAACUGAAUAUUCAGGAUAUUUAAUGAGCGAGCGUUUCGAUCAUCCGGGCAGACAUGAAUAUGUGUGUGUGGACCAUGCACCAGAAGCUGAUCCAGCAGGUUACAGAGACGAAAAUGGAGCUUUAUUAUAUUUUGUUCAGGCUAUCUGUGGUUCAUUGCCAUGUCCACCGUAUUUUAAUGGCCAAGAAUUAACCUGCGUUGUGUGCAGUAAAUAUUGAACGGAACAUAGUUGAAUUUGCUUCUCUAUGAAAACUUAUGUUAACCAAUUACAAGACAAUAUAAUAUCAUAAAACGAUAAAGACAUUUUAAAUUUUGUUUGAUAAUUUUUUAUCCUAGUUAUAUAAAUCGUUAAAAUGAUCUGCCCUACUAGUUAACAGAAAAAUAUUAUAAUGGAGAGAAAAUAGGCGCCAGAGAAUGUGAGAAUUAUGCUAAUGGAACAAUGCAAAGCUGAGCGAAUAAUUCUAGAAAACGUUGUAUAAGGAUCGGUUCAUCAUAUUAAAAUGUGGAAAUAAAAUAAUAUUUCGUUUAA